CCUGACCAGCAUUGUAUGCGUGCAUUUCUGAACAGCACUACCAGAUUCCUGAUAGAGAAGGUUGUUCAGGGAGGCAGUCGUAGCGCAUUCUAAUCACUGCAGACGGUGCUGUUAGAUCGACGCUCCAGCGGCUCACAUAUAAGCUGUGCACCUUGAGAGCAUUAGCUGGUCGGCCUUCCGUUCAGCUUCGCUACAGUGUUCCGCCAUGGCUCCUAUCGAGGCGACGUGGAGGGAGAUCACGCAGCGCGAGGGAGAGCCCAAGGCGCGCAGCUCGCACGCCAUUGCCGUAGUCGGGGAUAAGAUGUUCGUCUUUGGGGGGGAGUUUGAGCCGCGAGUGCCCAUCGGCAACGACAUGCAUGUGAUGGACCUGACGAGUCGCCAGUGGUCCAUUGCUGCCGCCUCUGGCGAUGUCCCAUCCCCCCGCGUCGGCAUCACCAUGGUUGCGCUCGGAUCCACUAUCUACGUGUUUGGCGGGCGAGACGCUGACAAGAACGAGCUGAGCGAUUUCUACUCCUUCGAUACAGUCACGGGGGAGUGGAGGCUGCUGACGACAGGGGAGAAAUCCCCCCCUGGCCGGAGCUACCACACCAUGGCAGCUGACCCCCAGCGCAGCCAAAUCUACAUCUUCGGCGGUUGUGGUACAGAGGGGCGAUUCAACGACCUCUGGGCCUACCCUGCUGCUGCCAGCACAGGGGAGGCGUCGCCCCCUGCAUGGCGGCAGCUGCCCUCGCCUCCCCCCUCCAGCGCCUGUGUGCCGAGAGGAGGCCCGGGGCUGGCCGUGGCAGGGGACGCGGUGUGGGUGCUGUUUGGGUUCAGUGGGGAGCAUGAGUUAGGGGAUGUGCACAGGUUCGACCUGGGGAGGGAGACCUGGGAGGAGGUGCUAUUACCUGCUGCUGGUGAGGAGGGGGCUGGUAAGGGGGAUGCUAAUAAGGGGGAUGAAGAAGGGGGGGAUGUGGUUAAGCCCAUUCCGAGGAGCGUUUUUGGAGCUGUCACUGUGGUGCUGCCUGGUACCGAGCCUGCUUCUAAGGAGUCUUCUUAUAAGGAGUACAUAGUGGUGUAUGGGGGGGAGGUGGACCCCUCUGAUCAGGGCCAUCUGGGGGCGGGUAAAUUCUCCAGCGACCUCUUCCUAUUGGACGUCGCUGAGAGGAAGUGGCUGCGGCCGGCGUCGCUCGUCUCUUCUGGCGGGGACCCCGGGGCUCGUGGGUGGUUCCCUGUUGCCCCUUUGAGUGCUGCGGAUGGUGCGGCUGAGGGGUCUCAGGGGUUUGCUGGUAUGGUGGUGUAUGGGGGCAACUCAGAGAGCAAUGACCGCUUGGAUGAUGUGUAUGUGCUUAAUCUGAAGGCUGCUGCUUGAGGGGGGGUCAGUGGUGCUUCUGCUGCUGCUGCAGAUGGCGGUUUUACCGAGGGAAACUCAGAGAGCAAUGAUUGCUUGGAUGACGUGUACCGGUACCAUAUAAUAUAAUCCCCUGGCCUGGAUACAGCACAGGAGGACCCUGUGGAUACUGUAACAUAGUCUAUGGAUAAGAGAUGGGAUGGUGCGGGGUCCCGUCUCCCAUCGUGCUAGGGAGGAGGCCAGAAGAGCCCCCCACAUCGCCCCUCACCUGU